UAUGGAGGCUCAGUUAACGCCGCCGCCGCCGCAGAGAUCGAGGAGGAGCCCCCUGACCCGGCUCAACGACUGCGUGGCGGGGAGCUGGGUCGGGAAGCGGUUCAAGGUGUCGGAGCGGAACACGACCUUCACCACGGAGCUCCGGGCCGGGACCGCCACCUUCCUCACCAUGGCCUACAUCCUCGCGGUCAACGCCUCGAUCCUGACGGACUCGGGGGGGCCGUGCUCGGUGUCCGACUGCGUGCCGCUGUGCUCGGACGCGGCCGUAUCGGUGAGCAACUGCACGGGGCCGGGCCUGCAGGUCCUCCAGCCCGACGCGUCGUGCAAGUUCGACCCGGUGAACCCGGGGUACACGCUCUGCCUGGAGAAGGUGCGCAAGGAUCUGAUCGUGGCGACGGUGGCUUCCUCGCUCAUCGGGUGCGUCAUCAUGGGGACAUUCGCCAAUUUGCCGCUUGGCUUGGCCCCUGGAAUGGGGACCAACGCCUACUUCGCCUACACGGUGGUCGGGUACCACGGGUCGGGCAACAUAUCCUACCAGAGCGCGCUGGCGGCCGUCUUCAUCGAAGGCCUUAUCUUCCUACUGAUCUCGGCGGUCGGGCUCCGGGCCAAGCUCGCGAAGCUCAUCCCGAAGCCCGUCCGAAUAAGCUCGUCCGCGGGAAUUGGUCUCUUCCUCGCGUUCAUCGGGCUACAGAACAGCGAGGGGAUCGGGCUGGUCGGGUACAGCUCGUCGACGCUGCUGACCCUCGGGGGCUGCCCGAGCUCGUCCCGCGUCUCGCUCGCCCCGGUCGAGACCGCCGCCAACGGCACGGUAAGCCUGCUCGCUGGGGGCACCGUCUCGGCCGACAUCUACUGCCUCCGGGAUCGGAUGGAGAGCCCGACGAUGUGGCUGGGGAUCGUGGGCUUCGUGAUCAUAUCGUAUUGCCUCGUCAAGAACGUCAAAGGCGCCAUGAUUUACGGCAUUGUAUUCGUAACGGCCAUCUCGUGGUUCCGGAACACGAGGGUCACGGCGUUCCCGAACACCGAAACGGGCGACGCGGCCUACGCCUACUUCAAGAAGGUGGUGGACGUGCACGUGAUCAAGAAAACGGCUGGGGCGUUGAGCUUCAAGAACAUCGGCAAGGGCUUCUUUUGGGAGGCCUUGGUCACGUUCCUCUACGUGGACAUAUUGGACACCACGGGCACGCUGUAUUCCAUGGCCCGGUUCGCGGGCUUCGCGGACCAGAACGGGGACUUCGAGGGCCAGUACUUUGCGUUCAUGUCCGACGCCACUUCCAUCGUGGUGGGGUCGCUGCUGGGGACGUCGCCGGUGACAGCCUUCAUCGAGUCCUCGACGGGGAUCAGGGAGGGCGGGAGGACGGGCCUCACGGCGCUGACGGUGGCCGGCUACUUCUUCCUGGCCUUCUUCAUAACGCCGCUGCUGGCCUCGAUCCCGGCGUGGGCGGUGGGGCCGCCGCUGAUCCUGGUGGGGGUGCUGAUGAUGAAGUCGGUGGUGGAGAUCGAUUGGAACGACAUGCGGCAUGCCAUCCCGGCGUUCGUGACGCUGUUACUGAUGCCCUUGACGUACUCGAUCGCGUAUGGCUUGAUCGGCGGGAUCGGGACAUACAUCGUGUUGCACUUGUGGGAUUGGAGCGAGGAAUUGCUGGUGAAGUUUGGGGUGGUCGGCGGCGGUGGCGGCGGCGGCAGGGGUGGGGUCAACGGUUCACAUGGUCAGCCCAAAGAAGAUGGAAACGCCCUCAAGGCCGUGGAGUUGGAACCUUAGAAUAUAUCACUCAAGAGGGAAUUAGGUCACUUUACUUUUCUCAUUUUUUUUUGGGUUCUCUCUGUCUCUCCUAUUUUUCAAAUACCCAUUAGGAAUAUUCAACAUCUUAGAUAGUUCCUUUUCACAAAAUUGGGGCAAAAGAGAGUGGAUUCAUGAAUAAAUCGUUGUACAUAGACUACUAUGCCUCUACGCCAAGCUUCUAUGAAUUCUGUCCAAUUCAGCAUUAAA